AACGGAUAGGACAAAACGGCUGGCCAGAUCUGUUUCUGCUGACCGGUGACCUGAGCCAGGAUGAGUCUGAAGCCAGCUAUCGCAUGUUAUUUGAUCUGAUGCAGUCGACUGGCACCAGCUGGUACUGGUUACCAGGCAAUCACGAUGACACCACUCUUAUGGAACAGCUGCACCCGAUUCAUCAGAGUGUCACCCUGGGCCAGUGGCAGUGGUUAUUACUGGACUCUCAAUCCGGGUCUCCCCACGGAGAACUGAACACCAAACAACAACAGUGGCUACAACAACAGCUGGAAGAACCUCAGGCCAGCUGGCAGGCCAUCGCCCUGCACCAUCAACCACUACUGGUUGGAUCUGACAGACAGGGUAAAACCCAUCAGACCAGCAUGGACGAUGAUGAAGGUAUAGGCGGAAUCGAUAGUAUUCCCCUGCGAGAUCAAGGUUGGCUAUGGCAAACCCUGAGUCAGUACCCACAGGUCAGAGGCGUUAUCUGUGGCCAUGUUCAUCAGGCACACACGAUUUGUCAUCAGGGGCUGACACUCUAUACCUCUCCGGCGACCAGUAUCCAGUUUACUUCUGAUAUCAAUGAGUUCCAGCUUGAUAGCGAGUUAAACCCGGGAUACCGACAACUCUAUCUGACAGCAGAUGGUCGAAUUGAAAGCCAUGUCUGUCGACUGUCAUAA